ACAAACCACCUGACAGCCAUUCAACAAACGAACCAGCGCCUGGUCAGGUUCUCGUGGCCCUUCAAACCGGCCAUGCAGUCCAUGCCAUUGCUGCUCAGGCAGUCUCUCCGGUCAACUGCCACCUUCACAAGGCCAUCUCGUCCGGUCCGAUCACCGCUUCUUUCCGCCGUUGGCCCGAAGCCUCUUCUGGCUGGUCAAGAUUUACGCCGGCAGUUUUCAGUCUGUGUACAAUGCCAAUUCCGAUCGCAUCCUGCGUUGUACUCAUCCAAUGAGGCGGACAAAUUGAAAGAUGGAAAGACCGCUGAGCAGUGGGCGGACAAGGACCAGCCUGCCUCGGCUCUGCCUGAGGAGAGCUCAACGAUUCACCUCAAAGCGGGGAGCUUGGAGACUCCUGGUCUUCUCAAGGAGGGGAAUGAGACUGUGCACAUAAAACAACAGGGGGUAAAUGGUGAUGUUAAUUCCCAGGGAAUCGAAGGCAAUGGCCUGCCGUCUUAUCUGGAGAAUCGCAGGUCCCAGCUUUCAAAACAAUUUACAAACAUGAUGGAUAACCUUCAAUCCAAUGUUUUCGUGGCGGGCCAGCGAUUGAAUGAUUUGACUGGAUAUUCAUCUAUUGAAGCACUCAAGAAAGAUAUACACACCCAAGAGGACCGAGUUCGAGCAGCCCGUCUUCGAGUCCGUGAAGCCAAAGAUGCUUACGCGGCCGCCAUCAACAAUCGAUCAACCUCGCAGCGUGAAGUCAACGAACUUCUCCAGCGGAAACAUGCCUGGUCGCCGGCAGACCUGGAACGAUUCACCCAUCUCUACCGUAACGACCACACCAACGAAGUAGCUGAGAACGAAGCGCAGGAGGCUCUGACAGCAGCGGAACGUGAAUCCGAGGAAGCUGCCGCGCAAUUAAACAAAAGUAUCCUUUCCCGGUACCACGAGGAGCAGGUCUGGUCGGACAAGAUCCGUCGGAUGAGUACCUGGGGUACCUGGGGUUUGAUGGGCAUGAACGUUCUUCUCUUCCUGAUCUUCCAGAUCGCCGUGGAACCCUGGCGCCGGAAGAGACUGGUCAAGGGCUUCGAGGAGAAGGUUAUCGAAGCUAUAGAGAAGGAAAAGACGAUCAACCACGUUGAAAUCCUGGCUCCUGCUGGCACCACCCAGCAAACCCCCGCUGUGCCCUCUACCGCCGACUCAUCCGCUCCUCUCGUCGCGGCUGCCCCAUCCCUAGCGGCCGAGGACACAGCCUCUGACGCAGUGAUUUCAACCGAAGUCACAGACAUCGCAGACUCAGCGACUACUGCACCCGAAACAACACUACCCGAAACCACAGCACCUAACACCCCGAAUGCCCUGAACGAUCUUCUCGAAUCCGCCAAAUCUCAACUCGCGCGCCUGCCUCCUACAUCCGUUGAAUCAUGGCGUCAGUAUAUCGGCGAUCUUUUCAGCGAUCGCAACAUCGUCCUCACCCAACGGGACCUAUCAUCCCUCGCUCUCCAGAGCGCGGCUGCUGGUGCAGCUAUUAUGGGCCUAGUGAUUGCUCUUAUCCGACCGCGGUGAAUUGACUGCAUGUAAGCGUAUCGAGCUAGAUGUGCCAUUGUAAUUAGCCUACCAUUGUUUGAAAUACUGUGUAUAAACGUGGUAUAGAUGUUCGCAUAGAGCAUUUGUGUAAAAUAGACUUGAAUGAAUGAU